CUUUCCCUCUGUUCUUCUUAACCUUCCUCCUUCUCUCUCAAAUAUCCCUCAGCACCCCUCUCCGUUCUGUCGGCCAGUCCAGCAGUUGCAGGCAAUGAAGAUCUCGCUUCUCACUUCCAUAAAAAGCUAACUAURGCCUACUUGGUAGAAGUUUGAAUAAUUGUAGAAACUUCAGCAGUCAGAAAUCAUUAGUGUCCCCUUGCAGAAACACGUUUGCUGGGAAUCGGCCUGGAUGUAAUUUGAAUUCUCAAUCUUUGAGAUUUGAAAUGGCUAAGUAUCAUUCUGUUCUUCAGUCCAGUAGCUUUCAGCAUUGGUUCAAAAAUUGGAAAGAACUCAAAACGCAUAAGUUGACCGCUAGUACUUUUGCUGGGGCUAUAGGGUUUUGGCCUCGUCGGAGGGCAGAACUGUGGUUAGAGAAGCUUGGAGCGACUGAGCAGUUUUGUGGUAACCUAGCCACUGGCUGGAGCAACAGCAAAGAAGUAGAGGCACUUGAAAGAUAUAAACUUAUAACAGGAAACACUGUCUUGUUUCCUGAAUUUCAAGUCUAUGGUAAAGCGAACUCUGAAGAUGAUUGGUUAGCCGCUUCACCUGAUGGUGCAAUAGACAAGAUUGUCUAUGGAUUGCCUUCAAGAGGAGUUUUGGAGAUUAAGUGUCCCUUUUUUGAUGGUGAUAUGAGAAAGGCUUCACCAUGGYCACGAGUUCCUCUUUACUCUAUUCCACAAGCUCAAGGUUUGAUGGAAAUAAUGGAUAGAGAUUGGAUGGACUUUUAUGUUUGGACUCCUAAAGGUAGCAGUCUAUUUAGAUUGUAUCGAGAUGUAGAAUAUUGGAAGGUACUGAAAAUGGCUCUAUCGGAUUUUUGGUGGAAGCAUGUUCAGCCAGCGAGGGAGUUGUGUAGUAAAUAUGCCAUUACAAAUCCUCUCAUUGAGCUAAAAUCACUGAGGCCAUCGCCCAGGCAUGAAUUAUGUAGUUAUAUAGUCUGUGAAAGCAAACGGAUUGUUGAUAAUUCUAAGUUGCUCUUGCGGGAAUUUGAUGGGAAACUUCAAACCUGAAGCACUUGUAGUGUUCAAUAGCUGAAAUUAUAUUUAGGAAUCUGAGAUUUAAGUUAUAUUCACAGUUACAGAGUUUGAAAGCUAGAAGGAGUUCUCAUUAGGCACACCAUGAGCUUGACUUGACAUCCUACUAUUGCUCCUCCCGCCUGAUGAAGGGGUGCGAACCUGUCGAGAGGUUUGAAUCUGAACCCCUGCCUUGUCAACAUCAAACGCGGGCACCUUGCCACGCCUGGCUAGGAAGGUUAGCCUUAUGCGAUUGUUGCCUAGACCCACACCGAUGAUGCCGUGGCACAUGUCACAUUCCUGACCCUCUAUUCACUGGGGUUGAAGGGGACAUGGUAGAGCAGCCGUUAGCCAAAGGCCAAAGGCCCAGACGGAAGUUAGCUUAGAGGAGUUCUGUUUGAAGGCUAUUGAUGUUAAAAGAAUCUCAAGGUUACUAUACUUUCCAUCCUUGUUAAAAGUCAUUUGCAGGCAUUGGAGUUGAGAAAAUUUUGAUGUUUGGGCAGGAGGCUCUUAUUCUAUAGUGUUUAUUUUUCCUCCUAACUACAGAAUCUUUUAGAUAUGUAUGUAAAUCUACACUGACGUAUCUGUAGUGUUCUUGGUUCUUAUCUUCACACUGCAAGAACAAUUCACUUGCAAAACGAGCUUCUCUUGUGAUCCUCUUGAGUGCUGGCUUUUUUUGAGAUUUUGUGAGGUCGUUGGCUUCAAAGAGAAUGAUAGGAUUUUUAGAGGGACCGAGAGUUUUGCAAUUAUUCUCUGGGCCUUAUGAACCCCUUUUUCAUAUAGUUCAUUUUACUCAACCUCCUUUGUAUUGAUAUUCUAUUUCUUUUUGUUCUC